GGCAGGCUACAGUGGGCGGGGUUAUUAUUCAGCCUACCGUGGUCACCUGAAGAUGUCUGACAAUGCGGAAUCUCCACCAGAAACGCCGAAAGAUGAAGCACAACCAGCUGCUAACGAUGCUGCGACCAACGACGAGAAGAAAAAAAUUGACGUCCUGUUGAAAGCAGUGGGAGACACUCCGAUAAUGAAAACAAAGAAAUGGUCCGUUGACAGAGGAAGAACAGUUCAGUCUCUUUCACAAUUUAUUGCCCGUUUCCUCAAGUUUGAUGCCAAUGAACAGCUGUUCAUUUAUGUUAACCAAUCAUUUGCACCAUCGCCAGAUCAGGAAGUAGGAAUCCUUUUCGAUUGUUUUGGAAGUGAUGGAAAGCUGGUUCUUAAUUAUUGUAAAUCUCAAGCCUGGGGAUAGCAGUUUUCUUUUCUGUUUUUCUUUUUUUUCUUAAAUAACACUGUGUUCUUUAUAAUUUGCUUUUUUGACAAACCCUCAUUACAUUUUUAU